ACCUCAUACUCACAAUACGUUUAUACAAACGACCCAAAACCCAUAUCAACAGGUCCAAACUCCAUCCACCACUAAACCAAACACAAAAGCCCACCAGACACACAAACUCAACAAAAACACAAAAGAAUGGGCCCCAACCCAGGUCAAACCCUAUCCUCUACAUCAUCUAAACCAACUCCUCCCGAUACCUCAACCCCCAAUAUCUCUCACCCGAGAACCCAAUACCAGAUCAACAAGAAACACUCCACGUCUAAACGCUCAUACAGCCAGAGACAGCUAGAUCAGAUCGCCAGAGUGCAGACCGAGCUGCAGCAGGUCAAGGACGAGUGUGAAGCGCUGGAAAUGUAUGUUUAUCAGUUGGAAGAGGAGAGGGAGUGGUUGAGGUAUAUUCUUCGGGGGGAGGAGUAACGUUCUUUUAUCUUUUGAGUUAUAGUUAUAGGGGUUUAUUAGGAUGUUUUGUGCUUUGUUUCUAUGAAAGGGGAUAUAUGCUUCGCUUCGCUUUGUAUGUUGAAACGCCUUGGGUUUCUUUGUGUGGGUAGUGACUGCUGAUUAUGUUGAUGUGUUAGUUCAUGGAUGGUGAAAGAUAGCACUUAGUGAUGAAGAGUACAG